GCGCAUUUUUGGAGGCUGGACUCCUGAGACUUCAGGGCUUCGCUUUCUGGAACCAGGUCCCUUAUGAAGAUCGCUGUUCUCGGUGCAAACGCGGUUACGUCCCUAAAGUGAGAUCCGUUGGAUUCUCCUCCGUCCUGUCCAGCCCGGAACGACAAGUCGGAGCACUGUAUUUCCUGAUUGACCUUGUUGGCAAUCACUUCCGCCCAGGGGUUUGUAAUACCCGAGGCCCUUUGGCGGCGAACGACAAGGCACUUCCGGUGUAUGUUGCCAAGGCGCCGGCCUGGUGGGCCUGAAGGGACGACGUUACUGUCGUCCUCUCUCCCCCCCCCCCCUUUUGGGGGUCGAGAUGUCGGGGCUCAGCUAUCCAGAGAUGGAGGGCUGUCGUAACCUGCUCGGCCUACUAGACAACGAUGAUAUCAUGGCCCUGUGCGACACCAUCACCAACCGCCUGGUGCAGCCUGAGGACCGCCAAGAUGCUGUUCGUGCAAUAUUAAUGUACAGUCAAAGUGUAGAAGAACUUUUGAGGCGUAAGAAAGUCCACCGAGAAGUCAUAUUUAAGUACUUGGCAACACAGGGGGUUAUUGUACCUCCAGCUACUGAAAAGCACAAUCUUAUUCAGCAUGCAAAGGAUUACUGGAAAAAGCAGUUACAUCUGAAAUUGAAGGAAACACCAGAGCCAGUUAAGACAGAGGACGUUAGACUAUUUCAACAGCAGGAAAAAGAAGAUAAAAAAGCUGAAAAAGUUGAUUUUCGUCGAUUAGGAGAAGAAUUCUGUCACUGGUUCUUUGAACUUCUUAAUUCUCAGAAUCCUUUUCUGGGACCACCUCAAGAUGAGUGGGGGCCACAGCACUUCUGGCACGAUGUCAAGCUUAGGUUUUAUUACAACACCUCUGAACAAAACGUGAUAGACUACUAUGGAGCAGAAAUUGUGAGCCUUCGUCUGCUGUCACUAGUGAAAGAAGAGUAUCUUUUUCUUAGUCCCAACCUAGAUUCCCAUGGACUGAAAUGUGCCUCUUCUCCCCAUGGUCUGGUUAUGGUUGGAGUUGCUGGGACUGUCCACCGAGGGAACACUUGUUUGGGCAUUUUUGAACAAAUUUUUGGACUCAUACGCUGCCCUUUUGUGGAAAAUACGUGGAAAAUCAAAUUUACCAACCUGAGAAUUAUUGGAGAGGGUUCUCUUGCUCCUGGAACAUUAACAAAACCAGCUAUUACAUUCGAACCUAGUGAUCUAGAGGCCUUUUAUAAUGUAAUUACUUUAUGUGGUACCAAUGAAGUACAACUUAAUGUAAAGCAGGCAUUGGAUAGUGGAACUGGAGACCAAGCUUUAUGCAGUGGAGAUGAGGCAUUGUUGAACAAAAGAGAACUGAGUUUACCCAACCCUCUAAAGCACUGAACAUUGUAUGUCAGUCUAAAAAUCCCUCUAUACAGAAACUUUUCCAAAUGUCACAUCAGUAAUGUCUAAGUGAUUUCAGGUGCGAUGAUUGACAUAUUUUAAUUGAAAUAUCUUUCUUGACAAUAGACUAACAUAUUAUUGAAUACUUGCCUCUUUCUACCUGAGUUGCAGCAAAUAUUCUGAGAGCUAAUGCAGUUCAUCAAAUAAAUCCCACUUUAGAUGGUAUAACUAAUGGUGUGCCUUAGAAACCAGGUAAUAUUUUCAUUUUACUUAGUGAAUAUUCUGCUAAUAUCUGUACUUUUCAUGUGGGAAAGGUUUAAUGUAAACUCAAAGUUAUCAUUUUAGAAAACUUGAGUGACAGUCUCAUGCAAAAAGUCCAAUAAUUUAGCAGGUGGAGAAAAAUUUACUUUGCCUUAUUAAAAUUUGAGGAACUUUUCAAAGUUCGUCCAAGCUAAAUAUCUUAAAAUUUGUAACAUUUUCUGAACUCUUUUGGGCAAUGAUAAGUGCUAUUCUCAAAACAGACCUUAUUCUUAUCUAAGGCUUCAGCUAACAGUUUUAUAGAACAUUUAUUAUAAUACCAUAUAAAGGAAACAUACUGUUGAAAUUUUUUAAAAGGUGUGCCCAGUUCUAACUUAAAUGAAUUACUAUUUCCUCUUGAUUGAUCUUGGAAGAGGUGACCAAAAAAACCCCCAAAACACACACACA